AUGUUCAACGACAAGACAACAUCCCUUUCAAUGCUUGGGCUUCUUAGCUUAGGCUGCUUGUCCUCCGCUGUGGCUGCUCCCAUCACGGUAGAGGAGCUCGAAUGGCCUACUCGGUACGUGCAGAGCGGCCCAACCUCGACCCGAGUCCUUGUGCAAGGCCACGGUCCGGCAGUGGUAAUUGUCCCAUCGUACGGCCGUGACGGUGGCGACGACUUCAACGGCCUCACCUCUGCUCUCGUCGAUGCAGGCUACCUCGUCUUGCGUCCCCAGCCACGGGGCACUCUGGGAUCGGUCGGUCCUAUGGUGAACGUCACCCUAGAUGACCUUGCCUCAGACGUGGCCGACGUGAUCGACACUAUUGCAGGCGGUCGUGCAAUUGUGUUUGGACACGCCUUUGGCACCUUUGUUACUAAGCGUGUCGCGCUGAAUUACCCGGACAAGGUUCCUGCUAUUGUAGUUGCCUCUCCUGGUGGCCAAAAGAUUCCGACGGACAUUGCCGGCAUGCCUUUUGUCACUGGUAACACCAGCUUGCCUGUUGCUAAGCGACUCGCGGCUCUCGAAUUGGCCUUCUUUGCGCCUGGCCAUGAUGCUCACAUUUGGUUGGAUGGAUGGUACCCGGACACGCUUGCCAUGGAGCGCGGAGCCAUCGAGGCAGCUGGAGACUUGACCAAAUUCUGGGCUGGUGCAAACUCCACACAGGUUCUCGAACUUAUCCCAGCUGAGGACCCAUUCCAGCCCGAGGAUCAGUGGAACACCACUACCAACCUGUACCCUGAUCGUGCCGCUUCAGUCGUCAUCCAGCACGCCUCACAUGCCCUACUGCCAGAGAAUCUGACGGGUGUGGUGGAAGCGGUAUUACCGUACCUAGCCCAGCAAUCAACACGUCUAUAA